AUGAAUGUAGAGAACCCAAGAGUAAAACUAGUGAUUGAUGCUGCAGAAGAAGGAGAGAUAGAGGAGGUUGGAGAAAUGGAAGUGACAACAGCAAUAAAAAAGAUGAAGAAUGGUAAAGCGGUGGAGCAUAUGCCAGAUGAAUGGAGAGAGGAUUGUGGAAACUACCAGGGCAUCAAACUAACCUCACAUACCCUAAAGAUGCAGAUAAUGGAGAAGUACAGGGAGGGGCAAGAAGAACUACAUUGUAUCUUCAAUGAUCUAGAGCAGGGUUUGGGAACCCCUGAUCUAGAGAAAGCUUACGAUCGGGUACCGAGACAAGAGGUAUGGAAUUGUUUGAGACUGAGGGGGGUGGAAGAGAAAUACAUCAGGUUGAUACAAGAUAUGUAUGAGAACAGUAAGACUGUGGUGAGGUGCGCGGCGGGUGAUACGGAGGAGUUUGAGGUAACGGUGGGGCUGCAUCAAGGGUCAGCACUUAGCCCAUUCUUGUUGGCAGUGAUUAUGGAUUGCAUGACGGAGGUAGUCCAGAGGGAAGCCCCGUGGGAUAUGCUGUUUGCGGACGAUGUAGUGGUGUGCGGGAAGACGAAGGAGGAGGUAGAGCUGAGAUUAGAGCUUUGGAGGAAUGCAAUGGAGACCAGAGGAAUGAGAGUCAGUAGACAGAAGACCGAGUAUUUGAAGAUGAAGGUAGGAGAAGAGGACGAAGAGGAUGAUGAUGAGGAUGUAACACCGGUAAAGAUACAGGGUGAGGACGUGAAUCAGGUAAAAGAGUUUAAGUACCUUGGCUCCACAGUGCAGGAAGAUGGAGGUUCGGACAGGGAAGUCACAAAAUGCAUACAAGCAGGUUGGGGUGCGUGGAAGAAAGUAACAGGGGUGAUGUGUGAUAGAAAAGUGCCAGAUGUGGUGAAAGGAAAAAUGUACAAGACCAUAGUAAGACCAGCAAUGAUCUAUGGCAUGGAGGCGGUAGCUGUGACGAAAGCACAGGAGAAGAAAAUACAGGUAGCCGAAAUGAAGAUGCUGAGGUGGUCAUUGGGGUUCACAAAGUUGGAUAAAGCCUAUUACACAGUUCUAAUAUCGUCUUCGAUGGCUUGCGGCACUUCACGGCAGUCAACAAGAGCAAACAAUAUCUUGCAGUUCUAUGGGACGCCAUAUAUCCGCCGCCACACACUAAAUUGGCCAGAAACAUGCUUCAUUCCAGUAUCACCGGAAAGUAUAUUCAGUGAAAGAAUAAUGAAGUGA